UACACAUAUAUACAAUGGGCGUCUCUUUCUCACCUCCUUGCCUUUAAUUUGUUGCUUGAUUUUGCUCUCUUCAGUUCUGAAUCUUUAUUCUGUGAACAGCAUCUCUCUUGAAGCUGCGAGAGACAAAUCCAUCAAAGCUUGGAGAAAUGCUGCUCAGGAGCUCUUCAACCCCAAUUCUUGGGUCCUUGCUUUCGUCCUUCCCCGACAGUCCCAACAGAGACUUCGACAACAACAAACACCCAUCGAGCUUUGAUCACCAUCCCAAGAAGAUCUCGUUUCCUCACUCUGGCCUACAUCACCCCGGCUUCGGCUCAUUCUCCUGCAACUCGCCCCCCAACUCUCACUCUGUUGUGGGUUUCACUGACAUCGAUCGGGAGUCCAGUGGUAGUGGCUCGAGAGGCUUCAGAAGGGCCCAGUCGGACGGCAACCUGGAAGGACUAGCUGCGGCUUCCUGCGAUGUCGACGAAUUCCAGUGCUCCAACCCGCCGACAGUAUCUUCCCGAAGACCCAGUAUGCCGAUGUUGGAGACCAUUCAAAGCUUCUCUUUCUAUAACUCGAGAGCUAAGAAAGAAGAAGACGAAGAACAAGACCAAGAAGGUGGGUUGUUGCAGAGGUCAGUUACAAUUGGAGAAAGCAUUGAUGCUUUAGGAAAUGCCGACAUCAGUUCUAAGAAGAACAAAAACAUGGGUUUGAUCAUGGAGGAGGAGCUUAAUUCGGGACUUGAAGGAGAAACAGAGCCGGCUAGUCCACCACUCUAUCUUGCAAGAGGUCUUGGAACUGAUGCGGGCGGACUUGGUGGCGGUGGCGGUUGUGGUAGUAGUGGUGUUCCGGUGGACUUUGGUGAAAGCGGCCCAGAUGGAUCAAACGUCGAGGAGCAUUAUAAGAAGAUGGUGGAGGAAAAUCCAACCAAUUCUUUGUUCCUGAGGAAUUAUGCACAGUUUCUCUAUCAGUCUAAGAGAGACCUACAAGGAGCUGAGGAAUACUAUUCAAGGGCUAUACUAGUAGACCCCAUCGAUGGGGAAAUACUGUCUCAGUAUGCAAAACUGGUGUGGGGGCUCUAUCGUGACCAUGAAAGAACUUCAAGUUACUUUGAACGGGCAGUUCAAGCUGCACCCCAUGAUAGCCACGUCCAUGCAGCCUAUGCUAGUUUCCUCUGGGAAAUAGAGGAAGAUGAGGAAGAACAUAGCCUGCCGCAACAUCCUACUGGGGUUCCACUUUUCCAUGGCGGAGCCAUGGCAUCUGCAAGUGCUUGACUGCCAUGGAAUCUGCAAGACUGCAAGUGCUCGACCGUUAGAAGACAUGAAUUUCCAGAGGGAUGAGAACUAGAGUUUAGAAUGUAAAUCAAAGCCAUGCAUGCAUCAGCUGCUAUUGUAUUUGUACUUGCUAAUUAGGUAGAGAAGAAUGAUUAUUUAUAACAACUAUAGUAGUGUCCCAAGUUUGCAGUUUAAUUGGGUGCAUUUGCCAUUCCAUAUUUUGGGUUAGCGAGGAGAAAUGAGGCCUGAGGCAAGGCACACAUAAGCUGUUCCUAGUAUCAACAAUCCAGAUAUGAUGUUCGAAACCGGCCUGAAACAUUUGGUCUCUGGGCCGGGGCAUUUAGAUUCCUGGUAUCAACACAUAAGCUUGUAAAUGGAGGAUAUGUAUCAAAAUAUGAUUUGGAUA